UACCCUCAUUAGUGCCAAUUUUGGAAACCAUAUAAAUAGGUGCAUUACUUGAAGAGCAUUAGUUGUAAUUUCAUCCUCAUCCGAGUGUUGUCAUUAUGUCUUUUCACGGUUUCGGUACUUACCUCGACCUUUACAUUUCUCUACGUGAAGGUGGUGAUAUUCGGGACUAUAAUCAAUUAUUUACGUCUCUGAAAACCAAUAGUGAUUUUCAGUUAAGAGACGCAGUUGAAAAAGAACUUAAAGAAUGGUGUCGUAGAUUUUGUUAUCGGAUCUAUGCUAAAUGGAUGAAAUCUUCAAGAAAUCAAGAAGCAUUUAUGCGGAAGUAUUCCUCCUGGUUGCAAGCAGAUAUCAAAUGGCCAGAAAAUUGGAAAGAGAAUGUUAUUAUACCCGAAGAAGAAAUAGACGAGGCAUCUGAAGAACCAACAGCGACAACAUCCGAUUCUUUCACAAAUGUUGUGAUGAAUCCGGAAUGUCGGGUUUCCGACGCAUCUACAUCUACUUCGAUAGAAAGCCGCAAACCUUUUGAAGAAUUAUCGAACAAACAAAAAAGAAGACGCACAGAAUCGAGUUGCAGCUCCUAUAGCACGGAAGAAAUCGUCUUCUCUGCUCAAACGAGCCUCAAAUCAUCUGGAAAAAAAGAUGUGGCUGAAAUCCUGCAGUACCUUUUAGAAAAUCCAGAGCAAGUCUCUAAAGUAAAGCAGUUUAUUCAAUUUGGAGAAAUGAAAGAAAUAUCAUCCCAAAAAGCUUUGGCAUUAUAUGUCACUUUAAGACUAUCAAAGUUUCGAUACAUAACACUAAGAGAUUUCAGUGAAAAGGAAGGAAUUUGUAAAUACCCUAGUUAUUAUAAACUUCAAGAAGAGAAGAAAAAGUGCUACCCUGACAACAGUGCUGUAACAAUAACAGAAACUUCUGUUAAGAUUAAACUUCAAGCUCUGUUAGAUUUAACUGUAAAUAGACUUAUUCAGUGUUUGGACAUAAGUCUUGACAAAGAUGAACUCCUGCUAAUAAGCAAAUGGGGGUUUGAUGGAGCCUCAAAUCAAAGUGUACAUCAACAAAAGUUGGAUUGUUCAAAUCAAGAACUACAAAGCGUGUUCAUGGCGAGUCUUGUGCCAUUGAAGCUCACAACUCAAGAUGGAUGUAUUAUUUGGCAAAACCAACGGCCUUCAUCAACGUCUUUCUGCCGACCCAUUAUGUGGAAGUUCAUGAAAGAAACGGAGUUUAAUGUUAAAAACGAAAUGACUAAUAUAGAAACAGAAAUAGAAAGUUUAAAUCCAACGAAAUGUGAAAAUACAACUAUCAAGCAUAAAUUGCUCUUGACAAUGAUAGAUGGAAAAGUGGCAUCCUAUAUCUCUGGCACUUCUACAGCAGUUUGCGAUUUGUGUAAGGCGCGUCCGAAGGAAAUGAACAAUAUAGAAUUGGUUCAGAAAAAACCAGUGGACGAAGAUAUGUAUAAAUAUGGAUUAAGCAGUCUUCAUGCAUGGAUCCGUGCCAUGGAAUGUUUGCUUCAUAUAGCAUAUAGAUUAGACAUUAAAUCUUGGCAAUCAAGAGGAGACGAUGCCAAAAAAUCUGUAGAUGAAAGAAAAAAGAACAUUCAAGACAGAUUCAGAAAAGAAACUGGUUUAUUAUUAGACGUUGUAAAACAAGGCAGUGGGACGACAAACAACGGAAACUCAGCUAGAAGGUUCUUUCAAGAUCCAGCCAAAACUGCUGAUAUAACUGGACUAGACGUUGCUUUAGUGCAAAGACUUGGUGUGAUCCUACAAUGUAUUUCUUCUGGUGAAAAAAUUAUUGUAAACAAAUUUAAUGAAUUCUGUAUAGAUACUGCAAAAAUGUUUACCAAUCUUUAUCCAUGGUAUUAUAUGCCUGUGAGUAUUCAUAAGUUGCUUAUUCAUGGAGCUCAUAUAAUUGAGCAUUUGUCUAUAGUGCCAAUCGGUUUUUUGUCAGAAGAAGCAUCUGAAGCGAGAAACAAAGAUUUUCGUAAAUUUAGAGAGUCUCACUCGAGAAAAAGUAGUAGUAUUAAUUCUAAUGAAGAUAUAUUCCGCAUGAUAUGUAGGGUACGAGAUCCUAACGAAGCCUGGCGUAACUUUUGA